GGAUCAUAAUUAAGCACGCAAUCGCCCGCAGCCGGCCAGCCGCAUCAGGUUCCGCACCACUCUCGCCGUUUGCACUCUUAAGAAGCAAAUCAGCCCCCAGCGCAGCGCCCUCAACACUCUUGACAGUCUUGAGGCUCUUGACGCUCCUGACGCUCCUGACGCCCUCGAUCCUCUGUUUACCAAUGAUUCGACAGUCUGUCCUCUCGACCGCGCAAGACCACACAUUACGGUGUCUCUACCGCAGACCCCGUACAGGGAGGUGAACAUGAACAACUCGGCGAAGCCAAUCUCCAUGGACGCGCUGCCCGAGCCGCCGACGGCAUCGGUGCGCCCCUACCCCCACCACUGCCGCGACCUGGCGCUGCAGAAGUACCUCCUCCUCCACGAACAGCACGAAUCGCUGAGGCAGCAUCUGGACGAGCUCCGCGAACCGCGCCAGAACUCGGUCUGCACGCCCGUCUCGCCCAGCCCGGCCACGUCGCCGACGCGCGCGGGCCCCUCCCCAGACGCCGCUCGUCGCGAGCCGUACUCCUUCUCCCUGCCCGCGAGAAAUGGGUCGUACCCGUUGUCAGCCGGUGCCGCACGUGGGGUAGCCGCGUCGGCCGAGGUGGCGAUUGAGGAGGCCAAGCUCUGCGACGUCAACGAGGGCAUGAAGCGGGCCCUGACCGAGCUACUCAACUGCCAAAGUGUGCGUUCCGACGACGCGUUCCGUACGUGGGUGCAAUGCCGGCUUAUGGACACGGAGCGGGAGCUGCGGAGCGGCCGGAGGAGACGAAGCGCCCCUGGGCAAUGAACUACGCCUUCGCUCCAUCACCCGAGGCAGCGAUUUUUGUCUUCUUUUUCAUGUGCAUAUUGUGCCAUUUUUAAUUGAUAUUCGAGGGACUGGGGCAUU